UGUGGUCUAAGACCGACGACAUCCCAUUCCCUUGUUUGUUUCCUAUUCUACAUACCCGAUUCCGGGAUAUACGUCUGUGCAGCCUGCACUUCGUCCUACAUCAUCUUCCCUCGAUACGAGAGGUGACACAACUUCCCUUCUCCCUCGAACCGCAUACGUCUACAUUAUAUCUCUUCUCCUUCAAGACAUCCAUACAUCGAAAGCGUAUUUCCAUACAGUCCCCUAAAACGACGACGACGACGUCGUCCAGCAACAACACCAUGGAAGCCCUCAACGUGACCGCUCCCGUAGAUGAACCCGAGUGGAACAGCAGUCCUGCUUGGAGACUCCCAGGAUGGGUGGAACCCCUGAUGGUCGUCAGCAUUCUCCUAUUUGCUAUGUUCAUAACUCGUCGCCGCGACUUCAGCAUCAGAUCCGGCCCCACCGAACGCCCUGGCGGCCUCCUCGAUAAUGACUCUACCGAUCGUCUGCUCUCCUCAGACUCCGAUUCCACCGGCGAAUUCGAAGCCACGACCACCAAAUAUCCUACCAAAACCCGGAGCUGCUGCUGCAUGAAGGUCGAGACCCCCAACACUUCGCGUUUCAAGAACAACUUCCACAGCCGAAUUCUGCAGAAAUUCCCUUUCCUCAUCGAGAUGUUCUACUGGGUUAUCAACUACGCCUUCUACCGCUUCACCGCCGUGGCCUCGAACAAGCUCUUUGCGGGCUCGGGUAUUUGGAAUGUUGCGCAGGCGAACGGUAUCGCAGUCCUUGAAACUGAGGAGUUCAGCUUCUGGAGUUUCCUCUUCCCCAUUCGCGAACAGAAGGUCCAGCAAUGGUUCAUGCAUGGUCACCAGGACUUUCUUUCGGUGCUUAACAGGGCGUAUGCGUUGAUCCACAUUCCAGGCACUGUUGGAUUCAUCUGCUGGUACUACUACGUCGCGCCGUCAUUCGAUACCUUUUCCAUCGCUCGUCGAACCAUGACUCUCACCAACUUCUGCGCUUUCAUGACUUUCAUUGUCUACCCAUGCAUGCCGCCGCGUCUUUUGCCCAAGGAGUACGGAUUCCUCGACACCGUCCGCCACGACGAUGCUCAGAGCGUCUGGAUGAGCGGCAAAUUCGUCAACCAGCUUGCGGCCAUGCCUUCCAUGCAUUUUGGAUAUUCGUUCUGCAUUGGAGUCACCAUGAUCUACCAUUCCGGUCUGUUCCGUCGCACAUUGGAGCCCGGCGAGGCCCGCAAGUCCGCUUUCUGGAAGAUCUUCUACCUCGUCGUUGGCGUCGGUUAUCCCGCAUUCAUCCUCACGACAAUCGUUGCGACCGCCAACCACUAUUUCAUGGACGCCAUGAUGGCUACACUUUUCGUGUUCUUCGCCUUCUUUUGCAACAAGGUUUUCUACGUCUUCAUCCCUCUAGAGGACCUCCUCCUAUACGUCAUCCGUGCCGACAAGCCUACGCCCACCACCGGCCAGCGCUUCCAGGAACGGGGCGGCCGGAUCUAAGUGCGAUUAUGACCAGCAUUUUGCUUUCUCUCGAUACCUCUUCUAAUUUCCUACAUCAUUUCUGUAAAUAUAGAGUCACGGCCUAGGGGUCUUUUUCACUUCGACUCGCGAGCAUAACCUGCAUGAGCACGUACAAAAAUUGGCGAACACCCGGACUAUGGCGUUAA